AUGUCCAUUGGCGGGCUGGCCGAUAUUGGCUAUAUUCUAGUUGAAUUUAUCGACGAAACACAAGGAGUAAUGCUCUCCGACACGUGGAAGGAAGGGCGACAUGACCAGACGCUACGAACAAACCUUUUCCGUGAUCUCUCUCGAAUUUUUCUCAGUCUCAGUCGAUCUCCGCUCCCCAGAAUCGGCUCGUUAAUAAUCGACAACUAUGGGUUUUUGCAUCUUGCAAAUCGACCUCUUUCAAUUGAAAUACAGCAGCUGGAGAAUGAAGGGAUAUCAACCGAUAUACCCCGUGAUUAUACCUACUCAACUGUUGACUCAUACGUGAUUGAUAUGCUAGGAGCUCAUGACAACCGAUUUCGCCAACAACCAAAUGCUGUUAACAAUCUCGGAGACUGUGCUUACCAGCUCUCCGUGCUAACUGCCAUGCGAACAGUUUUUCAGUCGAUUUUCAACCGGAGCUUUCGAAGAGGCCCAUUUGUUCUUUGUUUCACCGACCUCCAUCAAAGCAACAUCUUUGUGGAUGCACAGUGGCAUAUAAAAUGUGUCGUGGACCUUGAAUGGGCCUGCUCCCGGCCAAUCGAAAUGAUGAUGCCUCCCUUGUGGCUUACAGACAAAGGUGUGGAUGAGCUUGUUCCUGCGGAAUACGAUCUCAGCCGUCGACAAUUCAUGGAGGCUUUGGUCACUGAGGAGGAAUUGUCUCACCGCGAGAAGGAUGAUGGGCCUACACCGUUGUGUCUCUCGGAGAUUUUGAAUCGUACGUGGGAAUCGGGUGCAUUCUGGUACACAAUGGGGAUCUCAAGUCCCUCGGGGGUGUUCACUAUCUUUAGCAACCAUAUCAAGCCUUUAUUUUGUAAGAAUUACGAUGAAGAGUUUGGUGUGGUCAUGCCUUUCUUUUUCGAAAAGAACGUGGGAGGUAUCGCGGGUCGCAAGCUCGCGGACAAAGAGAAAUACGACAAAGAUCUUCUGAACGCCUUUCAACACCAUACAGACUACUUGUCUGAAUGA